UCCUGAAUGUCAUUUAGCUGGGAAUUCUUGGCUGCACCGUUCCCAAUAGAUGUCCGCAGUUCCCAUUCACAACAUUUUGCCAUUCCUCCAGUAUCCCUGCAUUCCCUGCAGUAGGCAGGAGCUGCCGUGACGGUCGCCAUGUUGGUCUCAGUUUUUCCCUGCUGUUGGAAGGUGUCGAAGCUGGGACUGGAGAUUGAAGUUGCUGGAAAUGUAACUCAUGAACGAAAUGAGCAACAUCACGAAAUUAUUUUGCCGAACCACUGCACGAUCCUACAUGGGCAUUGGGGCAUAGGCGACACCUACACUAAUGAAGAAACCCUUGAUGAACUAGUUAACUAUCUCUUUUUCACCUGAGAUCACGGGAAUGGACGAAAAAUAAGAGCAUGGAAUUUAGAAAAACUAGUGAAGCCUUUUUUCUCUCAAACGCAGACGGAAAACAGGAGGGGCAUUGGAGCUUUGUACUAGCAUUGUAGAUGUACCGUCGAUGCAGUUUUUGUUUCUGUAUUGUAGAUGGUUUAUUUCUAACAAUUCAGUUUAACUUAUUUGUCACUGGAACAAAUUUCCUGUGUGUUUCUGGAAGAGGCGAAAUUAAAUACGAAAGAAAUUUUUGUUUCCAGUGCGCGAGCAGCUAAGCUAGCCAGCGGGUUACGUCAAAACAGCCGGUCAGGGCAGGGUCUGCAUUUGUGGAUCUGUAUAAUUUAUAGUCCUCAGCGGAAAACAUUAGUCUACGUUGAAUAAAAUUAAGUAAUACGACAUGCCUCUACUAUUUCCAGUGCUUAUUAUAUUGAUUUGAAGGUCAUCAUGAUUGAUCUAAUUAAGCACUAGCUCGCCAGGUAGCCAGUGACAUUCUAAGUUUAAAAAGGGUGACAUAUUACACGUGGGUUUCUAAUAUCAGAAGUUCGUCUGUGUAAUAAAAUACAUUUUCAUACAUCUUCAGUUUCUCGUUGGGAAAUCACCAUUUUAUAUUAGGAAAAAUGUCUGGGGAGGUUCGUUUGAAGAAACUUGAAAAACUGAUUUUGGACGGGCCAGCUCAAUCGAACGGCCAGUGUUUUAGCGUGGAAACGUUAUUGGAUGUCCUAAUAUGCCUUUAUGACGAGUGCAACAACUCGCCGCUCAGAAGAGAGAAAAAUGUGUUGGAAUUUCUGGAUUGGGCCAAACCAUUUGCCUCAAAAGUAAAGCAGAUGAGACUACACAAGGAGGACUUUGAGAUCUUGAAGGUUAUUGGCCGGGGAGCAUUUGGAGAGGUCGCUGUCGUGAAGGUGAAGAAUACAGAUAAGGUGUUUGCCAUGAAGAUCCUCAAUAAAUGGGAGAUGUUGAAGAGAGCAGAGACAGCCUGCUUUCGGGAGGAGCGAGACGUGCUGGUGAAUGGAGACAGCCAGUGGAUCACCACAUUACACUAUGCCUUCCAGGAUGACAACUACCUGUAUCUAGUGAUGGAUUACUAUGUGGGAGGUGAUCUUCUGACCCUGCUCAGCAAGUUUGAGGAUCGGCUGCCGGAGGACAUGGCACGCUUCUAUCUGGCUGAGAUGGUUCUGGCCAUCGAUUCUGUUCACCAGCUGCACUAUGUUCACAGGGACAUCAAACCAGACAACAUCCUGAUGGACAUGAAUGGACACAUCCGGCUGGCAGACUUUGGCUCCUGCCUCAAACUAAUGGAGGAUGGAACAGUCCAGUCAUCUGUGGCUGUGGGCACACCUGACUACAUCUCCCCUGAGAUCUUACAGGCAAUGGAGGACGGGAAAGGGAAAUAUGGGCCAGAGUGUGACUGGUGGUCUUUGGGCGUCUGCAUGUAUGAAAUGCUCUUUGGGGAAACUCCUUUUUAUGCAGAAUCCCUGGUGGAGACCUAUGGCAAAAUCAUGAACCACAAGGAGCGCUUCCAGUUCCCUUCGCAUAUGACAGAUGUGUCAGAGAAUGCCAAGGACCUGAUCCGCCGGCUGAUCUGCAGUCGAGAACACCGGCUGGGCCAGAGUGGAAUUGAGGACUUCAAGCAGCACCCCUUUUUCUCUGGCAUUGACUGGGAUAACAUUCGCACCUGCGAGGCCCCCUACAUCCCCGAAGUCAGUAGCCCCACCGACACCUCCAACUUUGACGUGGAUGAUGAUUGCCUGAAGAAUUCUGAAACAAUGCCCCCUCCCUCUCACACGGCCUUCUCCGGACACCACCUACCCUUUGUGGGUUUCACCUACACCAGCAAAUGCAACCUGUCCGACCGAGGCUGCCUACGAGAAUCUGCAGAGGCUGCACAGGUGGACGUCAAAGUUCAGCGCAGCCUGGAGGAGAGCCUGGCCACUGAGGCCUACGAGCGGCGGAUACGCCGCUUGGAGCAGGAAAAGUUAGAGCUCAGCCGCAAGCUUCAGGAGUCCACCCAGACAGUGCAGGCGCUUCAACACUCAAGCGUGGAUGGACCCCUCACUGCUAACAAGGAGAUGGAGAUUCAGGGCCUGAAGGAUGAGAUUGAGACACUGAGGAAGCAGGUUGCAGACUCUGGACAAUUGGAACAGCAGUUGGAGCAAGCCAGCACGGUGCGCAGGGACUUGGAGGACUCGUCAAAACAUAUCAAGACCCUGGAGAAACAGAUGAAGAGUAUGAGGCAGGAGAGGGACGACAUGCACAAGGAGCUUCUGGAGUCUACUGAGAAGCUGAAGUCUCAGGCCAAAGAGCUAAAGGAGGCACACAGCCAAAGGAAGCUGGCAAUGCAGGAGUUCGCUGAGAUGAGUGAGCGGCUAACAGACCUGCGCUCACACAAACAGCGGCUCUCCCGUCAGCUCCGUGACAAGGAAGAGGAGAUGGAGGUGGUCAACCAGAAGGUGGAGACACUGCGGGCAGAAGUGCGCAAGGCAGAGAGAGUCAGGAAGGAGUUAGAGCUGCUGGUGGAGGAGCGGGAUGCGGCGGCUCAGAAAGAAAGGAAGCUGUGCGAGCGCAGUGAGCAGUACAACAGACAACUAGAGGAGGAGUUGGAGGGACUGAAGAAACAAGUAGGCCGUGUGUCAGGCAUGGUUGGCUCAGAACAGAACCAGGAGUUGAGCAAAGCUCGAGUGGAACUGGAGAAGAAGACACUUUUCUAUGAGGAGGAGCUAUCCCGCCGGGAGCUGCUCUACUCCAAUGAGCUCAAGAGUCUGAAGAAGGAGUUGCGUGAUGCUGAGGGCCAGCAGCUUGCCCUCAACAAGGAGAUCCUUGUCCUCAAGGACAAACUGGAGAAGACGCGCCGCGAGAGUCAGAACGAGCGAGAGGAGUUUGAAACCGAGUAUAAGCAGAAGUACGAGAGGGAGCGGAUCCUUCUUACAGACGAGAACAAAAGGCUCUCCAGUGAACUUGACAAGCUGACAACCAUGUUUGAGAAACUGAGCAGCACCAACAGGCUGCUGGAGGAGGAGAUGCAUGAGCUGGCAGACAAGAAGGAGAGUGUUGCCCAUUGGGAGGCACAGAUCACUGAGAUCAUCCAGUGGGUGAGUGAUGAGAAAGAUGCACGGGGCUACCUGCAGGCCUUAGCCACAAAGAUGACCGAGGAGCUAGAAGGUCUGAGGAACUCCAGCCUCGGUACUCGUGCCACAGACAUGCCCUGGAAGAUGCGGCGCUUCGCCAAGCUGGACAUGUCAGCCCGGCUGGAGCUGCAGUCUGCGUUGGAUGCUGAGAUCAGGGCCAAGCAGGCCAUCCAGGAUGAGCUCAACAAAGUCAAGGCUGCCAGCAUCUCCACUGAAUGCAAACUGCAGGAGUCUCAGAGUAAGAAUCAGGACUUGUUGUCUGAGAUUGAGAGGCUGAAGAAAGAGACAAAAGAGCUGCGCUUGGGGAAAGGUGUGAAGCACCAGGACUCCCAGAACUCAUUUCUUGCAUUUUUGAAUGCUCCUACCUCAGCCCUGGAUCAAUUUGACCGUUCUCCUGCCUACGUGACCACUAGCAAAGGCAGACGUAUUGACUCAGUUGACAACUUCACCUCGUCCAACACUCCAUCCCGAGAUGAAGAAUCCAAAUCCCACCCAAUGUCCCGUUCACGAUCACCCUCAACAGCCAGUGACAUGGAGCUUAUUGAGUUGAUAGACCACCCCCCACGCACUGUCCAGACUCCCACCAUGAGGUCUGGAUACAGUACAUCUGGCCUUCUAACACCAAAGCCCAAAGCUCACCAGUUUGUGGUUAGGUCCUUCAGCGCACCAACUAAAUGCAAUCAAUGUACCUCCCUGAUGGUGGGCCUGAUUCGACAGGGUUGCACAUGUGAAGUCUGUAACUUCUCCUGUCAUGUGACCUGUGCGGACAAAGUUCCGGCAGUGUGCCCUAUCCCACCUGAGCAGACCAAGGGCCCACUGGGUAUCGAUCCGCAGAAGGGCAUUGGCACAGCUUAUGAGGGGCACGUCCGGGUACCCAAGCCAGCAGGGGUGAAAAAAGGUUGGCAGAGAGCUAUUGCUGUCGUUUGCGACUUCAAGCUGUUCCUCUAUGACCUGGCUGAGAGCAAGACCUCCCAGCCCAGCGUAGUGGUCAGCCAGGUUAUUGACAUGAGGGAUGAGGAGUUCUCUGUCAGCUCAGUCCUGGCUUCAGAUGUCAUACAUGCCAGCCGGAAGGAUAUACCCUGCAUUUUCAGAGUGACAGCAUCUCAGCUCUCAACCUCCGGCAGUAACAAGUGCUCCAUCCUGAUCCUGGCAGACAGCGACCAGGAAAGGAACAAGUGGGUGGGGCUUCUGAAUGAGCUGCACCGCAUCCUAAAGAAGAACAAGCUGAAGGAGCGCUUUGUCUACAUCCCCAAGGAGGCCUAUGAUAGUACUUUGCCACUUAUCAAAACUACACAGUCUGCAGCUAUCAUAGAUCAUGAGCGUGUUGCACUGGGCAACGAGGAGGGGCUGUAUGUUAUCCAUGUUACCAAAGAUGAAAUUAUCCGGGUCGGGGACAACAAGAAGAUCCACCACAUCGACCUAAUUGCUUCAGAGCAGCUGCUUGCUGUCAUCUCGGGCCGUAACCGCCAUGUGCGCCUCUUCCCCAUAUCUGCACUGGAUGGGCAUGAGACUGAUUUCUUCAAGCUAUCUGAGACAAAGGGCUGCCAAGUACUGGCAUCUGGUCCCAUUCGACACGGGGCCAUAACCUGCCUGUGCGUUGCCAUGAAGCGGCAGGUAAUCUGCUAUGAGCUUAACAAGAGUAAGGCCCGUCACCGCAAGCUGCGUGAAAUCCAGGUUCCCGGUGCUGUCCAGUGGAUGGCUGUGCUGAGUGAGUGGCUGUGCAUUGGCUACCAGGCUGGCUUUGUUCGCUACAAUCUACACACUGAGGCAGCACCAGUAAGCCUACUGCACCCGGAGGACCACACCCUGGCUUUCAUUAAUCAGCAGGGGCUGGAUGCCAUUUGCGCAGUGGAGAUCUCCAGCAAGGAAUUUCUGCUCUGCUUUAGUUGCCUGGGGAUUUACGUGGACUGCCAGGGCCGCAGGUCACGCCAGCAGGAGCUAAUGUGGCCCGCCAUUCCCACUGCCUGCUGCUACAAUGCCCCCUACCUGUCAGUGUACAGUGAGAAUGCAGUGGAUGUGUUUGACAUUAACACCAUGGAAUGGAUCCAGACUAUACCACUAAAAAAGGUGCGGCCCCUAAACACUGAUGGCUCCCUCAACCUCCUGGUCCUUGAGACGAUCCGCCUCAUUUAUUUCAAAAACAAGAUGGCAGAGGGAGAUGAGCUUGUCGUUCCUGAAACGUCAGAUAACAGCCGAAAGCAGAUGGUACGCAACAUCAGCAACAAGAGACGCUUCUCUUUCCGUGUGCCUGAGGAGGAGCGGAUCCAGCAGAGGAGAGAAAUGCUGAGGGAUCCAGAGAUGAGGAACAAGCUCAUUUCAAACCCAACCAACUUUAACCAUGUGGUCCACAUGGGGCCUGGCGAUGGCAUUCAAAUUCUCAAAGACCUGCCAAUGAACAUCCGUCCCCAGGAGAGCCGAACUGUGUUCAGUGGGUCUGUGAGCAUCCCCUCCAUCACCAAGUCUCGUGGUGAACCCGGCCGCUCCAUGAGUGCCAGCAGUGGUCUUGGCAUACGGACUUCAUCACAGAACGGCACUGCUCUCCGGAGGGAGUUUUCAGGUGGGAGCUAUGGGUCCAGACGGCAGGCAAUGACUUCACCCUCUGAAGGGUCCCUGUCAUCCGGAGGGGGGAUUGACGGUGGCAGUGACGCGCCCAUCUCUCAGUUUGACCGAGAGGACUCAGACUCCCCCCGGCACUCCACAGCAUCCAACAGCUCCAACCUAAGCAGUCCCCCAAGCCCUGCCUCUCCGCACAAGACCAAGUCACUUUCCCUGGACAACACUGAUCGCAUGGGCUGGGAGACGUGAGCUGCUGCCCAGGCCACCCCCUCUCAUGCAGGCCCUGCCCACAUCAGCACAUCUGGAACUACAGGCUGCCCCAUUCACUUGCUAUUGCAGACCUUUGGAAGCUGAAAAGGUUGCAUUGAAAGGAGAUGCUCAAAAGCAGGGAAAAGAGUAAUACAUCACCCUUCCUCCAUUCCCCAAACAGGAAAGGCAAGGUUAUAGAAAUGUGUAUGCGUGCGUGAAUUUGCAUACGUGUGUGUGUGUGUUUGGCUCUGCUUAUGUGUAUAAAAAACAAAUUAUCCCCUGAAAUUUGCCUGUUUGAGUAAGACGUCUGAAGAGGAAAAUCAUGGUCUCCCAGGAGUCACUUCACAUUGAUAAGACUGCAAGUGGGCUAUGUCCACUUCAGUCUCCACGCAGAGAAAUACCACAAGACUAAAAAGUAAUAAAAACAUGAUUGCAUUUGUAUACCAUGCAAUAGAUUUAAAGAGAAUAUUUUUUAUUAGAAAGUUUCCCUCACUUUAAGAGGGGGGGUGAGAGGGAAAAGGAGGGUUUUGUUUGAUUUUAAUCUUACCUUCAGUCACUUUAAUGGUUUACUGUGGAUAUUAGUGAAGUGCCCCAUCAUAACUAACAUGAUUAAACUACAUAGCCUGGAAACUAAAGUCAACCGAAACAAAAUACAUAGCAAUUGAUUCUCACAAGAACAGUGCAAAAGUGCUAUGUUUCUAUUUUUAAAAAAAAUUAAUUUGGCUUUUGAAAGUGUUGAUGAGUGUGCUGUAAAUAGUUGAAAACAACAACAAAAAAUAUAAUAAAAUAAUGCAGUCUGCAUUUCAACUGUCCAGUAAGAACAGAUUCUCACUUCAAUAAUGUACAUACAUUUAAAGGAGAGUCUAAUAUAUAACAAUUAAGACACUAUAAAGUGAAAUAAGUAUAGACUACAAGAGCAAAGUGUACUUUUUAAAUUAGAUUUUUAAAACAAAUAUUGGUUCAUUGGCCAUAUUCUAGCAAAAAAAAAAAGCCAUGUUAAGCUUUUUGGAUUUUACAGUCAUUUGUAAGUUCAUAUUUUUAUUUAUCAUAAAUUAGUCAACUGGCAUUGUAGCUGUUGUGUUUGUAUUUUGAGAAACUGGGUGGUCAAAACUCAUGUUGUUGGAAAGAACAUGAUGUGCAUUUUUUCAAGCACACACACGCACGUUCACGCUGAAUUCUCUAACAUACACACAUAAUCACAGGCACACGUAAACAUACACGUACACUCAUGCAUACACUCACAGAGGAGCCUUGUGAUGCAUUCUUUGCCUCCUCCAUCCUAUUGUGGUCCAUUUUUCUGUCACUGAAGCAAUAAUGCUCCAUUUCCAAAGAUAUUUUUUAUUAAUUUUUCUUAUAACUAUUAUUAUUAUUUUAGUAUUGAUCUCUUUUCAAAGACUUGGUUCUGUGUACUUUAAUCAUUUUAAUUCCUUUUAUGUUAAGAUAUGCUAACUAGAGACAUGAAAUGUUCGGCUGUUUUCAAGCGCCAUUGAAAGGAAUCUUUGUUUUUUUUCUCAAUAAAAGCCUUCUAUGUGUUUGGGGAGGCAGUAUGGAGGUAUAUCAAGCAUUUUAUUGUUUUUCAGGUGAACGGAAGAGACUGUUUUUUUGAGUAAAGACUGCAUUCGUGCAACAGAAUAUUUGCAAUGGUGGAACUGCAAACAUUCUGAUUUUGAGAGAUGUAAGUAAAACCAGGGCAGGAAACACUCCGUUUUAGAAUUAGAAUUUCAAGCCAAACAUCUUGAUUUUCCAGUUGCUUGUUCAAAUGAAAUUAUAGUGUGUAAUGUGUCAUUGGAUCAGGCUUAAGUCAAGAAGAAUGCAAGAUUAAUAUUUUUCACUCAAUAUCAUUCCUUUAGAUUCCUGGACAGGACAGGGCCAAACAUAUAUGUUAUAGCUGAAAGUUAAUGGACCAGAACCAUACACAUUGGGAAAACUAAACAUGUUUUCGCUAAUUAACUUAAAGGCAUUGUACACUAAGAUUAUUUUGGAUGUACACACUUGAUAAAAUGUUUUCUGUCAUAUCAAGCUUUAGUUCAAAGUUUUCGCUCUGACAAAAUUUUCUCUCCAUACUCCUCAUGUUCAACUAAGGAAUGGCAUCUUUGGUGAGAUGUAAAUCCACUGCUGAUCUUAAAAUAUAAUGAACAAAAUUAGUUUCGUAAUUAGAGAUCCACAGAAUUGAAAUUGAAUGGGAAUCCAUUUGUGAUAUCAGUAUAUUUGUCAUGUAUUGGAGUGUAUAAAAUGAUUAAAUGCCAUCAAUUGUCAAUGCCCCAGGCCCAUAGAGAAUAUUUGUCACUUUUUCCAAAUUUGUACCUAACUUCUCAAUUGUUACUAUUGUGAGAACUUACUGUAGAUGGAGGAUAUUCAUAUAUUUAAAAUUAACAUACACUGUUUCAGUACUCCAAAAUGUGGCACUGUUUGAUUAAAAAAUGUAUGCAUUUGAGCAGGGCCAUACUUGUGUAAGCAAAGGAGUAUAUAUGUAUGUGUAUACAUUUACAGCAGUACAUGUAUACACAUUGACAUUACACACAUUUACAGCAGUGGAGCUUUCACUCUACAGUUGAGGCCAAAAGUUACAUACACCUAGGCUAAAGAUAUACAAACUCAGUUUUUCACAACUCACACAUUUUAUGUUACCUUACAUUUCUUUUGGCAAGUCAAUUAGGGCAUUGACUUUUUCACAUCAGAGGUCAUUUUAAAACAAACAAUCCAUUAGAGACAGAUUUAUUUCAGCUUUAAUUCACUAUAUUAGAAUUCUAGUGGGUCAAAAGUUUACAUACACCAAGUUGACUGUCUCUUUAAACAGUCUGGAAGAUUUCAGAAUUUCAUGUAAUGACUUUAGAAGCUUCUAAUCAGCCAAUUGUCAUAAUUGGGAGUUAAUUGGGAGAUAAUUGCCACCUGUGGCUGUACUUAAGGGCCAAUCUUUAGAGCCACUGCCUUUUCCCCUUGAUGGUAUGGGAAAAUCCAAGAAACUCAGCCAAGACCUCAGAAAAAAAAUUAUGGACCUCCACAAGUUCGGUUCUUCCUUAGGAACAAUUUCCAAACAACUGAAGGGACCACAAGCAUCUUUACAAACAACUGUAUGCAAAUACAAAAAUAUUGGGACCACACAGACACUGCUGCAUCAUUCAGGAAGGAGGCACAAAUUGACUCCCAGAGCUGAACGAACUUGGGUCCGAAAGGUUCAACUGAACCCCAAGACAACAACAAAGGAACUGGUGAAGGAGUUGGAGGCAUCAGGUCUCAAAGUAUCUGCAUCCACCAUUAAGAAAAUCCUACAUCACCAUGGCCUGAAGGGCUGUCACGCAAGGAAGAAGCCCCAACUCCAAGACUCAUGUUGUAGGGGUGUUUUGCUGGAAAAGGAACUGGUGCAGUUCAGAAAAUAGAUGGCAUUAUAAGGAAGGAGGAUUAUCUAGAAAUACUGAAGCAACAACUUAAGACAUCGGCUAGAAAGUUAAAACUUGGUCACAACUGGGUCUUCCAGCAGGACAAUGAUCCUAAGCAUACCUCCAAAGUUGUAACAAAAUGGCUUAAUGACAAGAAAGUGAAAGUAUUGGAGUGGCCAUCACAAAGCCCUGACUUGAAUCCCAUGGACAAUUUGUGGAAUUAACUGAAAUAGCAUGUCCGAGCAAGGAGGCCCACAAACCUUACUGAGCUACACCAGUUCUGUCGGGAGGAAUGGGCAAAAAUUCCGGCAAAGUAUUGUGAGAAGCUUGUGGAAGGCUACCCCAAGCAUUUGAUUUAAGUUAAGCAAUUAAAAGGCAAUACCACCAAAUGCUGACAAAGUAUAUGUAAAAUUUUGACUCACUGAAAAUCUGAUGAAGUAGAUAAAAGCUGAAAUAAAUCUGUUUUUUAGCCAUUAUUUUGAAAUGACCUCUUAUAGAAUUAAAUUUGAUACCCUAAUUGACUUAACCCAGGAAAUGUAUGGUAACAUGAAAUUUGUGCAGAUGUGAAAAAUUGAGUUUGAAUGUCUUUAGCCUAGGUGUAUAUAAACUUUUGGCCUCAACUGUAUAAUCACUUCAGUUUCUUACAGUGUAUACUGUAUGCUGUGAAGAGGAACUUGCAGAUAGGUAUUGUGCUUGGCAGGAUUUCACCCUGGAAACAAACUCAGGAAUGUCACAACCAAUGAUUAUCAUACCAUGAGAAUCUCAGUAGCAACUAAACAGGAGGAAAAAAAAUUCACCAGUGAGUACAAGACACUAACUGCAUAAGUAUGGUGAUUUUAAGACUUAAGAUUAGCAAGUUGAAAAGACUUUGGGAAAACUACAAAUUUAAGACAUUUAUAUUUUAGUGAUGUUUUACCUGCCUUAUAUGUUACUUCCUUUUCAAUACCAUAUAUUGUUUUUUUCCUUUUGUUUUUUUUUGUAAGAAUAUGUACAGUUUUGCAUGUCAUAGGUAUAAUCACUUUUGUUACUAGAAUGCUGGUUUUUCUUUCCAUUUCAAUCUCUUGAGUUGCAUAUUUGAAAAAUUGUAUGGGGUUAAAUAAGACAACCCACUAUUGGUGAUGUAGAUUCUUUUGCACAGAAAUAUUUAAGGUGAAAGGUCAAUUUAAUGGGACUGGCCACCACUCUUUUAAUUGGGAAAACUCAUAUUAACCUCACUGAUGUAUCUCAAUAAAACAGGGAACUGUUACCAGUUAA